AGCCAACCGUGGUUCGGCGCGGGCAGCGGCCGCUGCGAGCCGCCGCCCGCCGUCUCCGGGCAGCCGUCCGCGGGGGAGGGGCAGCUGGCGCCCGCGUUCUCCGGCCCGGCGGCCGGCGGAAGAGCCCCGCACCGCGGAAGCGCGACCGCGGCUGGGGAUCAGCUGCUGGAGGAGGCGGAGAGGCGGAGCCUAGGGGGGAAGGGGAGGGAGGGAGGGACGCGACCGUGAGGAAGCCGCGAACGCCGCCGACCGUCUGCACACCUCGCUCCGUCUGCCAUGGCUGGUUAAAGAAGCCUCCGGCUCGCCGCGCGCGGGGAGGGAAGGGAGGGGAGCGGCGGCCGGGCGUGCGGCCGAGGGAGGGGCGGCGGCGCGAGCUGCGGCGGCGGCGGCGGCGGUUCCAGCAUGAAGAGGAGAGCUGGCCUGGGGGGCAGCAUGAGGUCAGUGGUGGGCUUCUUGUCCCAGCGGGGCUUGCAUGGGGACCCCCUGCUCACUCAGGACUUUCAGAGGAGACGCCUGCGGGGCUGCAGAAACCUCUACAAGAAGGACCUUCUCGGCCACUUCGGCUGUGUCAAUGCCAUUGAAUUCUCCAACAAUGGAGGCCAGUGGCUGGUCUCAGGAGGAGACGACCGCCGAGUUCUGCUAUGGCACAUGGAACAAGCGAUCCAUUCCAGGGUCAAACCCAUACAGCUGAAGGGGGAGCACCAUUCCAACAUCUUCUGCCUGGCUUUCAACAGUGGAAACACCAAAGUAUUCUCUGGAGGAAAUGAUGAGCAAGUUAUCCUCCAUGAUGUUGAAAGCAGUGAGACCCUGGAUGUGUUUGCUCAUGAAGAUGCAGUAUAUGGCUUAUCAGUGAGCCCAGUGAAUGACAACAUUUUUGCCAGCUCUUCAGAUGAUGGCCGGGUUCUCAUUUGGGAUAUCCGGGAGUCUCCACAUGGAGAGCCCUUCUGCCUGGCAAACUAUCCAUCUGCCUUUCACAGUGUCAUGUUUAACCCUGUGGAACCCCGGUUAUUGGCCACAGCCAAUUCAAAGGAAGGAGUGGGACUCUGGGACAUUAGAAAACCUCAGAGUUCUCUCCUGCGCUAUGGUGGCAACCUAUCUCUCCAGAGUGCCAUGAGUGUGCGAUUCAACAGCAACGGGACCCAACUCCUGGCACUGCGGCGCCGCCUGCCCCCUGUCCUCUAUGACAUCCACUCCCGCCUGCCAGUGUUCCAGUUCGACAAUCAGGGUUACUUCAACUCAUGCACUAUGAAAAGCUGUUGUUUUGCAGGGGAUCGUGACCAGUAUAUCCUUUCAGGCUCUGAUGACUUCAACCUGUACAUGUGGAAGAUCCCUGCAGAUCCAGAAGCAGGUGGCAUUGGCAGGGUGGUCAAUGGAGCCUUCAUGGUGCUGAAGGGGCAUCGGUCCAUCGUGAACCAGGUUCGCUUUAACCCCCACACCUACAUGAUCUGCUCUUCUGGGGUAGAAAAGAUUAUCAAGAUCUGGAGCCCAUACAAGCAGCCCGGAUGUACAGGAGACCUCGAUGGUCGGAUUGAAGACGAUUCCCGCUGCCUCUACACCCAUGAAGAGUACAUCAGCCUGGUUCUGAACAGUGGGAGCGGCCUGUCCCACGACUAUGCUAACCAGUCGGUCCAGGAAGACCCCCGGAUGAUGGCUUUCUUUGACUCUUUGGUACGCCGUGAAAUCGAAGGCUGGAGCUCAGACUCAGACAGUGACCUCAGCGAGAGUACUAUCCUUCAGCUGCAUGCAGGAGUCAGUGAGCGCUCUGGCUACACAGACUCGGAAUCUUCAGCCUCACUGCCCCGCUCCCCACCUCCCACAGUAGACGAGUCUGCCGACAACGCCUUCCACCUGGGGCCCCUGCGUGUCCCCACCACAAAUGCAGUGGGAUCAACCUCAGCAACGCCAACUUGUGAGGAUGCGGCCUCUCGGCAGCAGCGCCUCUCUGCUCUGAGGCGCUACCAGGACAAACGCCUCCUGGCCCUGUCCAAUGAGUCUGAUUCUGAAGAGAAUGUUUGUGAGGCUGAACUGGACACAGAUCUCUUCCCUCGGCCACGGUCACCCAGCCCUGCGGAUGAAUCUAGCAGUUCCAGCAGCUCCACCAGCUCUGAGGAUGAAGAAGAACUGAACCAACGCCGAGCCACCACCCGGCAGCGAAACGCCAUGCGGAGACGACAAAAGAUAGCCCGGGAAGAGCGGCCCACUGCUCCAGCCAAGUCCACCAGCACCUACAUUGGAGAGGACAAUUACGACUACCCACAGAUCAAGGUGGAUGACCUCUCCUCCUCCCCAAACUCCUCACCUGAGCGGAGCACUUCCACUCUGGAAAUUCAGCCAAGCCGGGCACCACCAGCUGCUAACAUGGAAUCAGUUGAGCGUAAGAUUUAUAAAGCUUACAAAUGGCUCCGCUACUCCUAUAUCUCUUACUCGAAUAACAAAGAUGGGGAAACCUCCUUAGUGGCAGAAGAGGCAGAUGAAGGAAGAGCAGGAACCAGCCACAAAGACAACCCAACUCCUUCUUCCAGUAAGGAAGCCUGUUUAACAGCCACAACCCAGAGGAACCAGAACCUGCCUCCUGAAGGCUGCAGCAAUGAUGCUUGUAGAGAAGGGACUUCUGCUGGAAAUCCCAACAGCGGUGCAGGCUAUGAGCACAGGAGCCAUCCUUGGGCAGAGGUGCCAGAGGGCACCUCUCAGGACACUAACAACAGUGGCCCACUAGAACACUCUUUUGAAACCAAGAAGCUCAAUGGAAAGGCUCUGAGCAAGUCCCUGAGCAGUCGGGCUGAGGAGCCACCAUCCUCUCCUGGCCCCAAGGCAACAGGCUCCACACUCAACAGUGCAUCUGGCAACUGUCUCAAAACCCAGUCUGAUGACAGUGAGGAGAGGAGCCUUGACACCAUCUGUGCCAACCACAACAAUGGACGCUUGCACCCCAGACCCCUUCACUCCCACAACAAUGGACAGAACUCUGAGGAGCUGGAGACAGUGGCCUGCUCUUCCCCAGGACACCUAGACACUGACCAUGAUAGCCCAUCCCUGACAGGGACACUUCUACACAAAGAUUGUUGUGGGUCGGAAAUGGCCUGUGAGACCCCAAGCGCUGGAAUGAGAGAGGACCCCACUGAACCCUCAGCCCUGGACAGCAGCAAGGUUGUUCAUGGC